AUGUCAACACAUCCCUACAGACAGAAGAUUCCGCAGUUACCUGGGUCGACUGGGUCUUUUGACAGACCAGACGUCACAAGCACGCAGUCAGGUGUUGAAACCGCUUCAACUGAGCCAAAUUCUCGAGCAACUUUAGCCAAUCUUGGCUCUGUUUCGGCAUUGCCUCAAUUGGACGUCCAACAACCAGUGUUGCCGUUCACAUCCCAAGUUUCACACAACAGGUCAAGCAGUAAGCCAGGAAGUGUUACGAGCAGAUCGAAUGCUAAUUCUCCUGCCGGAUCUGUAUCUUCCCAUUCUCCCCGCUCGUCCCUGUCAUCGCCUCUCAUUCAUCCAUUAAAUCCCGAAGCCCAAAGAGCAACUGGCUCUAAAGUUGUUUCGCCCAAUGGCAGUAUUGGUAACCUGAAUGAGUUUGGUCAUAAGUAUCGCAAUUCAGGCUCCCGCCUAUCCAUAAACACAUCAAGUUCAGGCCACUCUAGCCCUAUGUAUAACAUCAAGCCUGAUCAUAGAACUUCAUCCCGCUCUGUUGAUUUAGGAUCAUUUUACCAACUAGACCGCAGCGUUUCUCCAGCUAUCACCAUUGGCACCAACAUGGACUUUUCUCAGUCUCUACUAGCUAAUCAGCAGACCGCAGAGCAUCCAAGUGCUCUGGUUCCCCGCAUGAAAACUAUUGAAAUGUAUCGAAAGAAUGCACGUAAGUCUCAUGAUCCUGCUGUACUUUUCCAGUAUGCUCAAUAUAUGCUUCAGACGGCUUUGCUGCUGGACACAGAGUCUGAAGAGGAAGGGAAAUUGCGCAAAGAUUUUCUUCAAGAGGCUCAACAUUACCUGAAAAAGUUAGCGGACAAGGGUUACCUAGAUGCCCAAUAUCUAUUGGGAGACGCAUACUCUGUCGCAGCGUUUGGAAAGACCGAUGACAAGGAGUCAUUUUCUCUUUUUCAAUCUGCAGCUAAACAUGGCCACGUCGAAUGUGCUUACCGUACAGCGCUCUGUUACGAAGAAGGCUUAGGUACGGGUAGGAACUCUCGUAAGGCGGUUGAGUUUUUGAAAUUUGCUGCGAGUCGGAACCACGCUGCAGCCAUGUAUAAAAUGGGGCUGUAUUCGUUUUAUGCGAAGAUGGGGUUGCCAAACAAUAUCACCACUAAGAAAGCUGGUAUCCAAUGGCUGUCUAGAGCAACCAUGAGAGCUACUGAACUUACUGCUGCUGCUCCUUAUGAGCUAGCCAAAAUCCAUUACCAUGGGUUUGAAGACAUUGUCAUUCCUGAUCGAAAAUAUGCUUUAGAAUUAUAUGUGAAGGCAGCAUCUCUUGGUCAUGUCAAAUCUGCUGCCAUCUUGGGUCAUCAUUAUGAAGUUGGAGAUGUCAUUCCUCAAGAUCCGGAUCUAUCGAUUCAUUACUACAAUAUAGCUGCAAUGGGAGGUGACUGUGAAUCAAUGUUGGCCAUGUGUGCUUGGUACCUAGUAGGUUCUGAAAAGCUAGAGAAAGAUGAAAAUGAAGCCUUUGAAUGGGCAAUUCGUGCUGCCCACGGAGGUCUCGCAAAAGCUCAAUUUGCAGUGAGUCAUUUCUUAGAACAGGGUAUUGGAUGUGAAAUAGAUUUUGCCCAAUCUAAAGUCUGGCUUGAGAAGUCCGCCCAAGGAGGCAACUCUAGAGCUAUAACAAAGCUAAAGAAUUUAAAUUCUUCUUCUGAGAAUUCCACGAAGGAUAGUAAGAAAGACAAAGAUUGCAUUAUCAUGUAG